AUGAUACGCAAUACACCCUGUCCUCGCGAACCUUUCGGCCCGCUCUUCUCUUUAUUCACUCAACCACCCCAACAGACGCGACGCACGACUCGGCGAGCGGAUGAGAACGCGGCACCGUCUGCCCGGCUCAGGUCUACCGCUGCGGCUGCCCCUGCCCCAAGCGGCAAGGCGGCCAAUACCGCCUCCAACAUUCCCGUCCUCAAGCGCGCACACUCGGCGGUGACGGCGACGGCGCCGGCUCCGGCGGCUAGCAAGCCUGUGGCGGCUGGGACGAAGCGGAGCGCGCUAGGCGAGGUGACCAAUGGCGGCAAGGACAAUGUAGCGAAGGGCGGUAAGGGGAAGGAUGAGGGCGCUAAGGAAAAGCGGGCGCUGCAGCAGACCUCGUCGGCGCAAAUACCAGCCUCUGCCGCGGUGGCCGGUCCGGCGCGUCGGACGCGGUCCAGCACAGGUGCCGCACCGGUCGUCGCGCCCGUCGUUGAACCAGCACCCAAGCGUCGAACAACCUCCCGCAUUCCCGUUGCCGCUCGGUCUCGCUCCACUACCGCGUCGACAUCUACUACUGUCGCGGACGGUCGGCUCAAGGAGCGCAAACUCAAUAUUGCCAUCGAGACGAAGGAGGUAGUAGAGCCAGAUCCGGCGCGCAAGAAGCGCAAGACGUCUUCACCGGCGCCGGAGGAAGACACGGAAGAGGACGACCUAGCGGACGAGGAGCUGUAUGAUGAGGAUGGCCGGGAAGUCGUGCUCAACAGCGGUGGAAGGGCGACGCGUUUGAGGUCACCAGAGCGCGGUACUCGAGCAAAGGAUGCUGGGUGGACAGACCUGGAUGCGGAGGAUGAUGGAGAUCCGACCAUGGUCAGCGAGUAUGUCGUUGACGCGUUCAACUACAUGCUGGCUAUCGAAUCCAAAAGCAUGCCGGACCCAGAAUACAUGGACCGCCAAGCCGAGCUGACCUGGGAAAUGCGCGCUCUCCUUAUGGACUGGCUCAUCGAGGUCCACUCCAAAUUCCGUCUCCUCCCCGAAACCCUCCUCAUCGCCGUCAACAUGAUUGACCGGUUCCUCUCCCAGCGCGUCGUCUCGCUCGAAAAGCUCCAGCUGGUCGGCAUGACCGCGCUCUUCAUUUCGGCCAAGUACGAGGAGGUCAUCUGCCCCAGUAUCACCCACUUCCUCCACAUGGCAGACGGCGGAUUCGCGGUGGACGACAUGAUCAAGGCGGAACGAUACAUGUUGUCCACGCUGGACUUUGACAUGUCUUACCCCAACCCCCUCCACUUCCUCCGGCGGAUCUCCAAGGCGGACGGGUAUGAUAUCCAGACCCGUACGCUUGCGAAAUUCCUCAUUGAGGUCAUGUGCGUGGAGAAGCAGUUGAUUGUGUACAAGCCGAGUCUGUUGGCGGCGGCGGGGACGUGGUUGGCCCGUCUGUGCUUGGACCGGGGACGAUGGACUCCCAAUCUUGUUCAUUACUCUACCUACGCGGUCUCGGAGCUCCUCGAGCCUGCUCAAAUCAUGGUCGACUAUAUCCUCAGUCCCACUCUUAAUACCGACGGCGGCUUCUACAAGAAGUACGCCUGCAAAAAGCACAUGAAGUCCUCCGUCUACAUCCGACAAUGGGCGUUGAACCGCUGGCCCGAGAGCGCGGACGGCACGAGCGAGUUCCAAGGCGAGGAGCUCGUCGCCGAGAUCGAGGGGAGGCUCGAGCCUGUCAUGGAGGUCCGGGACUACUAG